UACUUUCCUCACCUCCAUCAUCCCUAUUUCUUCGAAUCUCGCCGACCUAAUUUUUUCUUUUUCCCCAAGCAAAAUACUUAGAAAAAAAUUCAACCAAUUCACACACAAAUAUAAAAAUCUUUUAAAAAGGAAAUAAUAUGAUCAACAAAGUCAUCGCUUCUAAUACGUCGCCGUCUCUUCUCAAUUUCCCCAAAAUUCAAUCUUCAACUUUUACCUAUUCAGAGACGGCGACUUCAACAUCCGAUCUAUCUUUCUAUUAAUCGAUCAUAUAAUCCAUAUAUACCUGUAUUUAUACAUCUAUAUAAUUAGGGUUUUUAUUUUGGUGUAGUAUUGAAUAGAGCUGUAAUUACUCUGAUAGUAUUAGAAAUUUGUCGAUCUCAAGCAAUGACAGGGAGAUGGUCGCAUAUUAAGGAAGUGAAGCUGAUUUCAAAACAUGGACAUGCAAUUUCUUCUGCUCUUAGCUUUAGUAAACUGUAUAUUUCACCCAGAAUUUAACUUUUAGGCAGACUAGUGUAAAUAAGAUUAACCGUGUAGAUAAAAUGUCAUCAAAGGUCUUGAAAGUAUCAGCAAAUGGUCGUAGAAGAGUUAUCGUUGAUUCAAAAAGGAAAAUAGUAACCCAAUGCAAGGCUCAGUUAGUCAAUGCUAUUCAGAAAACUUCAAGUGUGAGACCAGUAUGGAACAAGUCCGGAAAGAGAAAACGGGAAAACGAAUGCAAAAACAAAUGUUCUUUGUGCUCAAGGAAAAUUUUACUGAAAAACUAUUCAAAUUUUAUGAGGAGUGGGGUGCCACAACGUUUGCUAUUUUCUCAAGAUGGGCAAUGGGUUGACUUCUCGCAAGAAAUAAUUGACUUGAUCAAAGAAGAUUUCAGGUCAAAGAGGGCGGCAAUUGAAGUGAAAUCUAACGGAUGUCAUUUCAUUCUAGACAUUUUAUAUAUGAUUCAGGUUGAUUUGAAAACAGGUUGUCAGAAGCCUAUUGCUUGGAUUGAUGACGCGGGUAGCUGUAUUUUUCCUGAGAUUAUUUCCGGCUGUUAUGGGAAUCAUGAAGAUUUAGAUUUUAGUGAGUCAUCUAUGGCCCCUGAAAUUAAUUUGCAUCUGGAAAUUGAGCUUAACGGAUUAAAUAAUGGAAAAGAUGAGGACUGUGUUGGAGAGUCAAAUGUUAAACGAGUCAAACUUGACCAGGAAGGUCAAAGGAUUGGUAGCAAUGCUGUUGAGGAAAUUCAAAAGAGCGUUGAGUGUGCAUCUCCAGUUUUGGGAAGUAAUUGUGGGACUGUGGAUGUAGAAGCUGCUAGAAACAUGUUUAUCAUGGCUCUAGGUGAUUUAAAAGUUGACUUUCUAGAUGCCAAGAAAUGCACCAGCAGUUUUAUGGAAGCACGGCUGGAAAUCUUUCAGAAACAGGUAGAAAUUACUCAAAAGCUCCGGGGAAAGGCUAACUUGCAAUAUGCAUGGUUCGCAGCUGUUCGAGGUGCACCUACUGAGGUUAUGUUUUAUGGCCAUAAUGGGCCACAGCUGGGGAAAUAUGGCUAUGGAGUUCACCUUGCAUCGGUUCAGUCUGUCCACAGCAGUGCUACGAUUUGUGAUAUUGACGAAAAUGGACUACGGCAUAUGGUCUUAUGCCGUGUGAUCUUGGGGAAUACAGAACUUGUUCAACCAGGGUCGAAACAGUUUUAUCCAAGUAAUGAGUGCUUUGAUAGCGGAGUUGAUGAUUUGCAGAAUCCAAAUCAUUAUGUUAUCUGGAACUCGAACAUGAAUACCCACAUCUUCCCCGAAUGUGUCGUCAGUUUCAAGUUAUCUUCGACUGUCAAAGGAAAUCCAGUUGCUGAAGUAAGUAGGGUUGAUAUAUCAAGAGUCACCACAACUCAUGAUCCUAAUGGACCCGUGAACCAAGAUUCUUCUUCGAGUAAAACAGGUAAAAACGACCCUCAGUUGGAAGCUAUGAAGCUGUCAUCUCAGGAAAAGGUUCCAAGUAUUGGUUCUAGCACACCCAAGGAACCUAAAUCUCCAUGGAUGCCUUUCUCUAUGUUGUUUGAAGCUGUCGCUGCUAAAGUAGCCCCGAAUGAUAUGAGACUACUCUGUAUUUUUUACGAGGCUUUUAGGGCCAAGAAAAUGACUCGGGAAGAGUUUAUUAGGAAGUUGAGGUCUGUAGUUGGUGAUCAGAUAUUGAGGUCUACCAUAUCUGUCCUCCAGAGCAAGAAGAUUCCUAAAUCUACUAACAUGGCGGAAGCUAAGGAGGUGCAAGAAGGUCGAAAUGUUUAGAAACUUGAAGGCAUUUGGUGUUGCUUUCUAUGGGACUUCAUUGCAUUUGUUGGAUGAUGCAAGUAGAUUGUUUGUCUUCUGGUUGUGCUCAUAUUUCAUAAAACUAGUCAUGUGGGUACUUUUGAACUCUUAUGCCAUAACGCUGGAUUCCCCUAGCUGUAUAUGGAAGGAUUUAAAUUUAGUAAAGCAUCGUUUGGUGCUUUAUUUGUUGCUCUUUAUUUUAAA